GGCCCAAAGCUUUCAACUUUUAACAUCCAAAAACUAGAAAACCAUAUCUCCCGACGCUGGCGGUAGUGCGGUGCCAUUUUCUACGAAGUUAGGGAUUUAAAGCAAGAAUUUGGAGUAAAUGGGUGAAGCUUUAGUCGAGCUGGAACAAGUCCUCAGGUCCCAACAGGGGAAGCUGACGCCUGAAGAAGCAAAUGUACUUCUAAAAUGCAAAUCUAAGGCUGUUUGGGAAUUUACGGCAGGUGUUCUUAUUGGUGGCAGCGUUGCAUGGGCAGCAGCAACGUGGAAGCUAAGUAAGUUUGCUCGAGUCUACCUGUCUGGAGGAGCUGCUGCUUUUUUCGGAAUGUGGAGAUUUAACAGGGCCAUAAAUUCAUGCCUUGAUCAUAUUCUUGAUCUGGAUGGAAGUCGGAUACAGAGGGAGUUAGCAAAUAUUUUUGUGAACAAACAUCAGGAUGAUCCCUGGACAAUGAAACGUAUGUAUAGACAUUUCUAUUCAGAGAAUGUGUUUGACGACUCAAACUCAGAUAAGCCGAUAUUAAGGUGGCGUUAUCGAAAUUUCUUUGGGGAUAAUGUUGCUUAUGGUCAAAGGAUGAAUGACUGUGACUCGCAGAGUGACUCACACAUUGUCUCUCAUGAUGAUUCUGAUAGUAAAAAGGCUCAUGUGGAGUCAAAACAAGUUCCUAUGAACCCUGGUGCUGAUGUGAUGGAAGACCCUCUAGAUAGUAUUUUUGGUUCCAUGGCACCAGUGGAGGAGAUCCAUCACCUAAGCGCAUCAAGCACACCUGCCAGAGCACUUACUCGUUGCCACAGAAGAUCUCACCGUAGGCAUCGGAUGCUCCAUCACAAGUCAGUAGACUUGAAACCGGCGCCACAACAAGCUUAAACUUAUGGAUAUCCAGGAGGAAAGAAGAAAGGAGAAUUGCUGCAAUCUAAAAGGCAAAAUAAUUAUCAAUUGUCAGUAUGUCCUGAUAAAUUCAGUAUCCAGUUUUUGUUCUCUAUGAACACCUCCAGUGAGCUAGAGCCUAGAAUAUGUAUACAAUGCUAGUUGCCAUCUAAAUUUAUUGCGCUUAGUACAAUGCAGAAAAAAAUGGCGGGUGACUUAACAGCUUGGUGGUGGAACAAUGGGUGUAGGACUGGUGUUGCCAAUGCCGUAAUGAAGUAGCCUCAAAUGAGGAAGAAGAACGAUAGUUUGGAGUGCUGAAAAGAUAGGGGAGAGGGAGGCUAUUGGCAAUGAUCAUUGUACCAAAUGUGACGUGAUGUUGCCCGAAUUGGCAGCCAUUUUGAGGCCGGUGGUCUUGUACGUGAAGGAGUUCCUUCAAAAAGCUGCACAAUUUGAUGACCUUGCCAAGAUCAGUGUUCUUGAAAAGGUUUUUGGACCUGGCUUGUGCCUACUUUUGACCAUAGAAGAAAAAGCUUCAUGGAUGCAAUUCCCAUACCUUUUCUCUAACAGGUCUAUGUUUAUAUUA